AUGAGAAUAAUGGAUAUCUGAUGGUCUCAUCAAAUGGAGGGUUGAAUCAAAUGCGAGCUGGUAUUUGUGACAUGGUAGCUAUUGCAAGGUUUAUGAAUGUCACACUUAUAGUUCCUGAGUUGGAUAAUACCUCCUUUUGGAAUGAUCGCAGUCGGUUUGAGGACAUAUUUGAUGUGGAUUACUUCAUAUCAUCGCUGAGAGAUGAGGUUCGGAUAUUGAAAGUUCUGCCUCAUAACCAGAUCAGGAGAGUGGAGAUAGCUACUCUCUAUUCCAUGCCACCUGCUAGUUGGUCUAACAUGUCAUAUUACGACCAAAUUCUUCCUCGGAUAAAGAAGUAUGGAGUUCUGCAUUUUACUAAAACUGAUGCCAGGCUUGCAAAUAAUGGGAUCCCGAAAGAGGUUCAGGAACUGCGGUGCAAAGCGAAUUAUAAGGCUCUGAGAUUCACUCCUCCCAUUGAGGAAUUGGGGAAGAAGAUUGUUAGGAUUCUGAGGGAAAAGGGUCCAUUCUUAGUUCUUCAUCUGAGAUAUGAAAUGGACAUGUUGGCAUUUUCUGGUUGCACUGAGGGUUGCAAUGAGAAAGAAAUUGAAGAAUUGACAAAUAUGAGGUUUGCUUAUCCAUGGUGGAAAGAGAAAAUAAUAGAUUCUGAAAAGAAAAGAAAAGCUGGGUCAUGCCCUUUAACUCCUGAGGAAACUGCCCUUGCAUUGAGGGCAUUGGAUAUUGAUCCUGGCAUCCAAGUUUACAUCGCGGCAGGCGAUAUAUAUGGAGGAGAAAGGAGAAUGGCAUCUCUGAGAUUAGCCUUUCCCCAUAUGGUUAAAAAGGAAUCAUUGCUUAGAGCCUCAGACCUUGAGCCCUUCCGCAAACAUUCGAACCAAAUGGCGGCAUUAGAUUACAUUGUGUCACUGGAAAGUGACAUCUUUGUUCCUACUUAUGGAGGAAACAUGGCAAGAGUUGUUGAAGGCCAUAGAAGGUACUUGGGAUUCAGGACAACAAUUCGUGUAGACAGAAUGCUUCUGGUGGAUUUGAUAGACCAGUACAAGAACGGAACUCUGAGCUGGGAUGAAUUUUCCCAGGCAGUGAAAACAGGGCAUGCUGAUCGCAUGGGCAUCCCAACUCAAAGAAUGGAGAUUCCUGGCAAGCCCAAGGAGGAAGAAAAUUUCUAUAACAACCCAGAGGAAUGUUUGCCACCAAUUCCUAAAAAACCAAAAAGUCCGUAAAUAUUUACAUGCUACAUAUGCCAUUAGAUUCCACUCCCCAUGACUAAUGUAAAAUAAUUUUUGUUUUAUUUCCCUUUGGUUGGGAUUAGAAGAGGGGACUGGGAUGUUUU